AUGCUGCGUCUCGACCUGGUAAUCAAGUGGGUGGAUACAAAGACAUUUCAAUUGCUCGUCGUCGAGAUGCUCGGUUUUUGGAAGCCCUCGGGCCUCGCCACAAGUCUCUCUGGCUCUGCGUUCGGCCCCGGGCGUCGCGCCGUGGCGGCGCCAGCAGGCGCUGGGACGCCGGCUGCUGGCUCGUAUCUCGCUACCAUGAGCGACUCCCUCUGCCUCCACCUUCGCCUCGAGAUCCCCGAGUUCACCAAGGUCGGCCUCCGCGUCGACCGCAAGAACCGCGUCAUCUCGGUCGCCUCUGGCUCUCCCGCGGCGCUGGCUGGCCUCAUGCCAAACGACCUGAUCGAGCAGGUGGAGGGGCUCUCGCUCACGGCGGAGCGCGGCGUGCAGGCGGCCCUCGCCGACCGCACCACAUCGGCGCCGCUCCUGCGCGUGCGGCGCGGCGGAGGAGGCCGCCGCGCCAAGCCGUCGCGCCGCCGGCCGUCCGACGAGCAGCCGGCGAGCGAGGCCGAGGCGGGCGAGGAGGGGAACGGCGAGGGCGGCUUCGAGACGCUGCUCCUGAGCCUGAGCCUCAAGGCGGGCGAGCGGGCGGGCAUGCGCGUCGACGCCAACGAGGUGCUCACAGUGGCACCGGACACGCCCGCCGCCAUGGCCGGCCUCCGUGCUGGGGAUGUGGUGGCGGAGGUGGACGGCGUCGCGGUGGGCGAGGGAGGGGCGACGACGCUGCUGCACGCGCUCUCCGACCGGUCGAGGCCCUCCCGCAGUCUCACCGUCGUGCGGCGCCGCGCCGCCUCCUCCAAGUCCGCGUCGCCCGCCACGGAGGACAAGGCAGAGGGCGGGCUCGAGGAGGCGCGCUGCAAACACACAUGCCGAGCUGCUGUCUGA